AUGUCAGGCUCACGCAUUCCCGACGAAGCACCACCCUCCUACUCGCAAGCAACCGGCUCAUCACAAGCCUCGAAUCCGGCACAAUCAGCAGCCGGCUCCAGCAGCAACACCAAUGCCAGCUCACACUUGAACGUGCCCGGCGCAUCCGCAGGCGGCAAAGAUGGCAUUCCUACAGCCUACAGGCGAAGCAUGGAGGACGAGCAGCGACCCCUACCCAAGGGCUGGGUCCGCACAUACGAUCCUAACAGCGAGCACCAAUUCUUCGUCGACACUACGAAAGAACCACCGCGAUCGAUCUGGCACCAUCCCUACGAUGACGACGAAUACCUCGCGACACUACCGACGGAAGAGCGCGAGCGAAUCGAACAGGAAAGCAUGAGCGACAUGCUGGGCAACGGCAACCACGGCUCGAAAGAGCACAUGAUCCACUCGCAUUCCGAUGACGAGGAUGAUCACCAACAUGCUGCGGCUGGCUCGUCUGCUGCGGGCAGCUCCGCUCAACUGCCUCCACGACCAGAGGGCAAGGGCAAGCAGCCAGAGCGCUCGUUCGGCCGCAAGCUAAAGGACAAGGUUACGGGCAUGACACAUGAGCAGCGUGAGCAAGAGCGGAAGAGAAGAGCCGAGGAAGAGCAGCGCAUGUACGAGCAGCAUUUGCGCGUGCGUCAAGCUAUGACCAAGGCCAUGCAGACAGGUCAGCCACAGUUGCUUGGCAAGGAUCGUGAUGGGAAGGACGUCUACAUCGAGCCUCCUGCUCAGCGGCCAGGUUACCACGGCGGAGGCUACGGAAAUGGCUACGGCUACAACCCAUAUCAGCAACCUCCAGGCGUCUACAGCACACCGAAUGCACGCUACAUUCGCCCGCAGGGACCUUACGCACGACCAGGGUACGGUUAUGGUGGAGGUUACGGACGAGGCGGUAUGGGCUACGGCAUGCCUCUUGCUUUGGGUGGUGGUCUGCUUGGUGGUCUGCUGCUCGGCGACAUGUUAUUCUAA